CUGUGCGUACUCAAAUUCGAUUGCAUGGUGCAAAGCAUUUCAGCACAACUGGACAGGUUGGAAUCAGUCAGCUGUCCGGACUUCUCCAGCUGGUCGAAUUUUGAAAUUUAUUAAUGAUUUAACAUAAGAUCACGGGGUCAAGAAGUAUGGACGAGUCUGCAGCACGACAAAUUACAUAGUCGGCAUAGUCCACAGCGCAGCUUGCUGAUGCAGAUUGCAGAAUCUUGUGAUCAGAGAUCCUUGUUACCGUGAAACAGGCAAUAGCCGCAAGAAGCCGUCAUCGAUCGAUCGGUAUCCCGUAAAAUGUAAAAUGAUGAAAAAGGUUUUACCACUGGUGGAGUGGUGGUCAAUGCUCACACUUUACAGGCUGAAUGGACAAUCAACCCAUCCCUGGGCGUACCGCGACAGGAAUGAUUAUGGAUGAUUUUUCGCUCAGCUGCAGAAAGGAAACAAAAAGUGCGGCUGCUCUACGACGGAACCGUUCAUACUCCACUCUUUCCACGAUAGACCCGGCCUUCUGCGGAAAGCUGGCACUAGAUCUAGCAAAGGGUUCUUGUAUUAAAUCGUUGAAGUUCUCCAUGUGGACAGCCGUAAUAUUGAGUGUGGCUCGGAAUAUUUUGGUGAUCACCGCUUCAGCGCUACAGUCAUUUCGACAGCCAGCUACAGCCAGUCCCAACAAUGGCACUAAUAAUAAGCAAGAGCUGUCGAGUGAGGUAGACUUCGCCCGUUGGCUUAUCUCUUGGACAUACACGGGAUUCGGCUCGUCCACUUUCGCAGAUCCCAUCCUGUGUGUGCUUGGUAUCCGCGCUGUUAAGAAGCUGCGUGGGCAAUGGCUAAUUUCGACGACCCUGGCUAAUUCCCAAUUAGGCAACUCGAUGAUCUGGAAUGCCAGCGACCAUCUGGAGAGCUUCGUCCUUUUCCACAUGGCGCAUACUGUACUAGGCAUGGUUUCCGUCUGCACACUCAACGGGAUCGUAUGGGCAUACUUUCCCGGUUUUUUAUCAUAUUUUUGGUGGACUGUCGUGCACGGAUGGUGGCAUUCAGUCGCGAUGAAUACUGCGGGUGGCGAAUACCUGAUAAUAUCCUGGCCGUAUGCUCUGUUGACCAUUUGCGGCUUCCUCAAUGCUGUUCACUGUCAGCGAAAGAUCUCGCGCCUCCGAAAGACCGUGCUGCUCGAGAUGUUCCCGGAUUACGGUGAGAAAAUGUGGAAAAUACUCUCUCGUGGCACUUUGGGUGCCCUGUGGGACCGAAUGGAAUUGCGUUUGCUCGGUCUGACAUUGCUUGUUGUUCGCGCUGGAGUCCGGAUAGUGCUGGCGCUGCGUCGAAAGGAGGUGUUCUGCGUAAACGAAUAACCCAGCCAGUUUUGAAAUUGGGAAGGAUUUAUCUACACGGAUAUUUGGAGAAGUACCACAUGGAAAACGGCGUUUUCAAAGAUUCCGGAUCUCUUUUGUGGUGAUUGACUGCUGCUUGUUUUGUAAAAAUCAAAAAGCUGAUUACUGAAGUAACCGGGCGGUAUAAUUCACUGUGUUACCUCUUUUCUUCCUGUUAUUUUAGCUUAUUGAUAGAAACCUUUGUUUCUGUUGUUUUGGUAGUUUAAUAACUCUCUUGAUGCAAAUAAACCAUUUUACUCGUAUUUGCGCAUUAGACGAAGCUCGCACUACUCGUGUUGCGAUUCAUCCAAAUGCUUUCUCGUAAUUUCGUAAUUGAUAAUUUUAAUGUUUGGGAAAUGGCAGCACGCACAAGCAGUGUACUGCG